GUACGGUCGCCAUCUGGCUCCUGUACCAGACAGGUCCACCACCACCGCAGCGGCAGUAAUCAAGCCGUGGAGCUCCACUCGAUCGACCAUGUCGAUGUGACUCAGCUCUUAUCCCUCGGCAUGCACAGUCACCCCGUCCCUUUCUCACCACUCCUUCAUUCACGCUCUCGAGCCGCCGAUUACAAAUUCGCACCCACUCCGCCGCGGUGCUCUCUCCCUCUCCCUCUUGCUUGUCAAGUCAACCAUGGUGUCCAAGAGCUCGCGCGGCCCCGGCAUGACCGCCGGCGGCAGCGAAGCGGAGGAAGCGCUCCUGCUGCCUGAGCACGAAGUCGGGGACCCGGCGGGAGCGGCUCCGGGCAACGCGUCCGUCCUCGGCGCGGUGUUCAACGUGUCGACGAGCGUGGUGGGCGCCGGGAUCAUGUCGAUCCCGGCGGCCAUGCGGGUGCUCGGCGUGGCCCCGGCCCUGGCGCUCAUCGUCGGCGUCGCGCUCCUCGCCAACGUCGCCGUGGACUUCAUGCUCCGGUACACCCGGGGCACGCCGUCGUACGCGGCGCUGAUGGGCGGCUCCUUCGGCCGCGCCGGCGCCAAGCUGCUCAACGUCUUCAUCGCCUUCAACUGCGUCGGGACCCUCACCGUCUACCUCAUAAUCAUCGGGGACGUGAUGUCCGGCCCCGUGGGCAGCGGGGAGGCGCACGCCGGGGUGCUGCCGGAGUGGUUCGGCCCGCACUGGUGGACCGGCCGGGAUGCGGUGCUGGUGGCGGCCGCGGUGAUUCUCCUGCCUCUUGUGCUCCAGAAGCAUGUAGAUUCGUUGAGGUACACAUCGGCCCUGUCCAUCCUUCUGGCGGCGGUGUUCAUGCUCAUCACGAUGGGGAUCGCGGUGUACACUGUCUUCACCGGCACCGCCAAGAUGCCGCGGAUGCUGCCGGACUUCUCCACGCUCGCAUCCCCGUUCGAGCUCUUCACCGCCGUCCCGGUCAUCGUCGUCGCCUUCACCUUCCACUUCAACGUGCACCCCAUCCGCGCGGAGCUGAGCAAGACGUCGGACAUGAAGUCGGCGGUGCGCAUCUCGCUCGUGCUCUGCGCCGCCAUCUACGCCGCGGUGGGCUUCUUCGGCUUCCUCCUCUUCGGGGACGCCACCAUGCCCGACGUGCUCGCCAACUUCGACCGCAGCUCCGGCUCCGGCGUCCCGCAGGCGCUCAACGACGCCGCGCGCCUCAGCUACGCGCUGCACCUCGUGCUCGUCUUCCCGCUCCUCCACUACUCGCUCCGCGUCAACGUCGACGAGCUGCUCUUCCCGGGCCGCCGCCCGCUGGCCGCCGACACGCGCCGCUUCGUGGCGCUCACGGCCGUGCUCAUGGGGUUGCUCUACGCGCUCGCCAUCGCCAUCCCCAGCAUCUGGACGCUCUUCCAGUACUCGGGCUCCACGUUCGCCGUCUGCAUAUCGCUCAUCUUCCCUGGCGCAAUCGUUCUCAGGGAUGUUCAUGGGAUAGCGAAGAGGAAAGACAAGGCAAUGGCAGCGAUGAUGAUCACUCUGGCAGUGAUCACGAGCAGCAUCGCCAUCGCUUCCAACGUCAUGAGCUCCAUCAAGGGCGAAGUGAAAGGUGUUAGUGCCGGAGCUAGUUAGCAUGUACAGUUUCAUUAUAUAGCUAAAUCAAAAUUCUUUCACCUGCAAAGAUUGUAGCGUUCCUCCGCUUUAGGUUUUGAUCGUGGCAAAUUUGAUACGAGGCAUUGUGUAUGUUGUGUGUAAGCAAAUGGCAGUCGGCCGUUGUUGUAUAAAACAGUUGGGAAGGCAUACAUUUACCUUUGUAUAAAAAAUAUCAGGCGAAGAAAAAGAGCGCCUUUGGUCA